AUGUCUGCAGCAUCGCCACCACCACGACGAAUACCAGUAGAAAUAACUGGUUGGAUGCAAAAAGAUAUUUCAAUAGCAAAAGUCAAUGAUAGAGCAAGUUUAAUGCCACCUGAUAUCAAAAGAAAUGCUAUUGCUAAUCGAAAAUUCUUUUCCGAUUUAUUUAAAAUAUCAACAGCGCGUUAUCGUACAAUAAAUCGACAUGAAUUUGAUAAACAAACUUUUCUACAUCAUCAAAAAGUUAAAGCAGAAAGUGCCAUGCCCGGACUUUUACCAUAUAUUGAACCAUCAAUUCCUAAUACUAGUCGAAGUUUAACAUCAUCAAGAGUUGCAUUAAAUAAAAUUGAUCAAUCAGUAAUGUCAUCAUUUGAACCACAUACAUCACGAUCUGUUAAUAAACAACCUGAAAUACUUCAACCGAUUCCUGUUAAACCUCAAUCUAUACGACAACAACAAUCAACUGAACGAAUUAAUCGUUUAGCUCAACCAAGAGGUCGUCCAAUUUAUAAUCAAGAUCAUGUUCGUUCACAUUAUAUUCAACCAAUAACUGUCAAAGAUCUUUUUGGUGACAUCGAAGAUUUCUCGAAUUGUAAUUCUUUAUUAUCUGAUAGAACUCGAACUACAGUAGGUGAUACACGUUUUCAACAAUUAAUGGAUACAUGUUCUGAUGUACAUAAAUCUGAAGUACCAACAAAAUUACAUUCCGUUGAAAAUAUUGUUCGAUCAAAUACAUCUUUACAAGAUGAAGAAGGACGAUGGGAAUCAGCAGCAUCGAGACAACCUAUUCGUACAGUUGAAGUUAAAAAACAUAUUAAGAAAUUAACUAAACAACUUUCUACUAAAACAAGCGUACACUUAAUGGAUUUAUGCACAUGUUAA